AUGCCACGGUAUUCCAAGCGGAGAUUGUGGCUAUCCUGUGCUCAGACCGUGCCGAGUAAGGAAGAAGCGGGAGAGCACAUCAGAAUUUGUAUGGACAGCCAGGCGGCCAUCAAGGCGCUGGGGGCUCCGACAAUAACAUCGCGGUUGGUUCAGGAGUGCAGAAGCGUUCUGGACGAAUUGGCGAGAGAAAGAGAAGUCAUCGUUACCUGGGUGCCUGGUCACUCAGGCAUCCAGGGUAAUGAAUGUGCGGACCAGCUGGCAAGAGCGGGUUCAGAAAUAACGAUGGUAGGAUCGAAGUCGGCUCUGGGAAUCCCCUUUUGUCUAGGAAGGGGGAGGAUCAAAGAAUGGCUCCGCAGAGAACAUCUAAGACACUGGAGAGUGGAAUCUGAGUCCAAAUGUAGACAGGCUAGAGCUCUGAUGGGAGAUACUUCUAAUAGGGAACUGGCUUGGGGCAUAAGGGCUCUGAGUAGGAAAGAUGCCAGGACAGCGGUACAGACACUGACGGGUCAUGGCACCUUAAACUACUACAUGCACAAACUUGGGCGUAGCGAUACAUCCAGGUGCAGGGCAUGUGGAGACGACGAGGAAACAAGCCUUCAUGUACUCAGCGACUGUCCUGCACAUGCAGGGCUGAGACACAAGAUGCUGGGCUCAGCAUCUUGGCUCAGACUACUUGAGCCCGAGCAGAUCAGGGAGCUGCCGGUGAGGGAUCUAAUUCUCUUUUGGAGAAAAACAGGUCUCUCAUGA